AAAUCUGACGCUGAUAUUUUAAAUGUCUUUGUCGCGAAAGAGCGAAAGGUAUUGUGUGAUUGUUGUUUGCAGACAGUUGCUAAUUUGACAGUGGCACAGUGUUAGGCUACUAUGCACAAAAUCUACUUGGAUAGUUUCGUGGAGAUAGCUUAAUCUGCCGGCAUGUUGAAAUAGGUUUUUAACCUGAAUUUAACGGACGUUCUUGAGCUGCAGCUUGCACGAUUUUAUUUUAUUUGCUGAGGCUACGUUAUAUCUUUAAUACAUGAACAAUGUUAGACGGGGACACUAUUCAGUUUCAAUGUUGUGUCACUAUACAGCGCCUUAACUCAUCCGGUCUGGCUGCAACAAGUCAAUCUCUUCGACGUGCCUCAAUAAGUUUGGAACGAAACGAAUUUCAAGAAAUUGUUCUACGACUGCAUGAUGGCAGAGCUCAUCGGAACUUCACACUUCAUGACAUGCAACUGUUCACACGUUUUUCAAAGGAUGGCAAGUGUACCGUGAAAAUUCUACCUGACAACAUCCAGAUUUUAAUAUCAGACUGCCCUCCAGAUCAACUACACAUUUUUCUCAGGACUUUGAGGAUCAAACAUCUAGCAUGGAAGUCAAACAAGCCUUUAAGUGAACGGGACAAAUUUCUCGCUGGACUUCCACGGAGUUUUGCCGCAAUCAGUCCUCUCCAGCAAAAGGAUGUAGAGAGAGCUCGUAAAGUUCACAGUUCCAGUGACCAGCAGCUCACCGGGCACCCUGAGAGAAACAGCAGUGCGACGAAUGGACGUCUACAAGUUAAAAGACCAAGAGCAGACCACGAUGAUAGUAUGAAUAUAUCUCUACAUCCAAGGAAAAAGCCAAUUAUUGCUUUAUCCUCUGGACGAAAACUCAGCAAAGAGCAGUCGGCUGUCUUGAAUGCAGUCCUCAGUGGAAAGAAUGUAUUCUUCACCGGGAGUGCUGGUACAGGAAAGUCUUUCCUGUUGAAGAGGAUUAUAGGAUCCCUUCCUCCCAAAAGCACUUAUGCCACUGCAAGCACAGGUGUAGCGGCAUGUCAUAUUGGGGGAACAACUUUACACAACUUUGCAGGUAUUGGGUCUGGAUCAGGUUCUCUGGAGAGCUGUCUGGAGUUGGCUCAGAGGCCUGGUGUUGUACAGAACUGGCUCAGCUGCAGACAUCUUAUCAUUGAUGAAAUAUCCAUGGUUGACGCCCACCUCUUUGACAAGUUGGAGGCAAUUGCUAGGUCCAUCAGACGGUCCACAGAACCAUUUGGUGGUAUCCAGUUAAUUGUGUGUGGAGACUUCUUUCAGCUACCACCUGUAGGUAAAGGAAAAGACAAACCAAGCUUUUGCUUCCAGUCAAGAAGCUGGAAGAAGUGCAUUCAGCUGAAUAUGGAGUUAAAAGAGGUGCGCAGGCAGACGGACCAAGCCUUUAUCUCUCUGUUGCAGGCUGUACGAGUGGGCAGAGUCACCACAGAAAUCACUAGCAAGCUCAUAAGGAGUGCUAACCACAGCAUUGAGAGAGAUGGUAUCUUAGCAACCAGGCUUUGCACACAUAAAGAUGAUGUGGAACUUACUAAUGAGAACAAACUUCAGCAAUUACCAGGUAUUCUUCAUCAAUUUGAGGCUGUGGAUAACAACCCCAAACUGCUCAGGACUCUUGACACCCAAAGUCAAAUUGGAAAUCUACUACAGUUAAAAGUAGGAGCACAGGUCAUGCUGACAAAGAAUUUGGAUGUUCAGAGAGGUCUUGUCAAUGGAGCUAGAGGGGUUGUGUUGGACUUUCAGCCUGGUAAUCAAGGUCUUCCACGUGUCCAUUUCCUUUGUGGAGUCACAGAAGUGAUUAGACGGGAGCGAUGGGUGCUCAAGGCCAGUGGAGGCCACUUUAUAACUAGACUGCAACUUCCACUUAAAUUAGCCUGGGCCAUCUCCAUUCACAAAAGUCAAGGCAUGACUUUGGACUGUGUUGAAAUUUCCCUGGCACGAGUGUUUGAAAGUGGUCAAGCAUAUGUUGCCCUUUCUCGUGCACGAAGCCUAGAGGGGUUGCGGGUGCUUGACUUCAAUUCACAUGUUGUGAAGGCCAACCAAGAUGUCGUGGCGUUUUACAAUAAAAUGAGAAAAGAGAGGCUGAUUUGGCAGUCUUCCAUGGAUGAGUUUUUGGGUCCAUAACAAGCCAAAGGACAGGAUGGACUCAAGUUGUUUCUUUUUAUUAUUAUUAUUCAUUUUUAUUUUUUAUAGACACUUACAGUUUUACAUCCACAUGGAUCUGGAGCUUUUAAUAAAAAUGUUUUGCUGUACAAUUUCAGCCUGUUCUUUUUAUCUCUUAAAAAACAGUGUGAAUGGUUAUGAUACGGGUGGUCAGUCAUCCAUAAAAGAUGUAUACAUCCUCAAAGCCACACCAAGAAGUCUAUCUAAGCACAAAUUUAAUUUCUGGUGUAAGUGACAUCGCACUGCCACUCUCUGUAGAUGGUCAUGCUUUUCAUGUAUGGCAUUCUGAAAACAUCUCAAUACUUUUUUUCUUCAGGACUAUGCAGUCGGAAUUGUUUGAUGAUUCAAAAUCCAAAGACAGUCCAAAGCACAGUAGGCGGUCAGUUUAUGAAC